UCUGCGAGCAAAUGGAAGGCAAAGAGUUCGCAGGCUUGCAUAUCAACCGAACAGUGCUCUUCUGGUUGUAUUCCAUUGCAUUCGCUUUACAGUCACACCACCCGGCCUAGCAGCAUGCUGCCACAGACUUCAACCACAGAUCAAAUACGGUGGGUCUACUUUAUGCUAGGCUGCGCGAUUCUCCUCCCUUGGAAUGUAUUGAUUACCACCACCUUGUUAUUCUUGUCCCGCUUGGUCAAAUCACCAUUGCGGACAACCUUUGCCUCAUACAUGACCACGACUUCCAGCGUAUGCAAUGUAUUUGCACUGGCCCAUGCCACGGCAACUUCGAAACAGUCGUCACCCUCUCGACGAGUUUUCUGGUCUGCCGCAUCAGUCACACAGCACUCAUUAUCGUUCUCCUGUUCAUCGGCAGCCGAUCAAGAACAUGUUUAGAACACGAUUUGAAUCUAGAAAGGGAAUCCUGUCCCCCCUUCUAGAUAUCAAUUUAGCACUGGGUCAGUUUGACGUGCGGACUUGCAAAAGACUGACAUUUGACAGCGGCACGUCGGCAUGAGACGUUUAGAACUAGAAUAGCGUUCUAAAUGCUGCGGGAAGUCAUCCACUAUCAUCAUUUCAUUGUACAGCACACCCUGGGUUGAUCCGGCUGCUACAUUUUAUAACCUCGAAGAACAUCACGUGCUCGAUUUUAUGAUCCUGGAGGCUGGUAAUAACAACGUGUAUAGCUCUUUUUGGCGGUGACAUUUAGGCAGUGCUUCGCCAGACUUGCGAAUUCUUGCAAAACUGUGGAAUACCCUGCAUUUCUUGAGCCCAUUUCGGCUGCUUCAAUCAACACGCACCACACAACAUGCUCCUAC